ACAUCCGGAACAUUUGUGUUGGAACUGCUGCUACCUUCGGAGUUAGAUACAAGUAGGACCGCGUUAGCCGAUGCUACAAGGCCUUGUCAAGCUAACAUAAAAGUUCGAUUAGAUCCAAUUGAAAUUAGCUUGGUUAGCAUCACAGCCGCAGUCUGUUUUUACUCGGUAUGGUGUCUCACAGGCAGAAGCGGCUGUGGAAAUACGUGGAAGAGGGCAGUUUGCUGAAGCUGAAGUCGUACCUUAAGAAGCACCGAGACCUGAGUGUUAACUUUACCCAGGGCAAGAGGGAGAGGAGCCCGCUGCACCUGGCCUGCAGCCUGAGAGAAGACGCUGUGCUGCGGCUGCUGCUCAAACACGGAGCCGAUGUUCUCCAGAAGGACCGAAAAGGAGACACAGCGUUACACACUGCGGUCACUAGAGCUCUGAAACACGGGAGAACAGCGUUUAAUGAUUUGGUUGUGCCUCUGAGAAAGAGCUGCCCAGGAGCUAUGACUGCUCCCAACAACGCUGGAGUCACACCAGAGGAUCUGCUAAAGUGGAUGAAACACACAAAGCCUGCAGCAAACAUGAGCCAUUCGUCUCAAGCAGAUCCUGAGAAGGAGUGGCUGGAAAAACUGUUUGGUGAAUGCGAGGAUGAAUUCUCUGAAACAUUUGGAGUAUACGACGCUGAUGAUUUUCUUCCCCUUGAUGAUGACGAAGAAGACUUUGGUGACUGGGCUGAUAGAAUCAGAAAAGAGUAUUUUGAUAAAAUGCAUGCUGAGGCUCAGAGACUGGCUGCCUCUUCUUCUUGUGGGUAUAAAAAGAAGAAGAAGAGUAAACAAGAGAGAGAGCAGGAGCAGAAAAGUAACAAAGAGCUGCAGGAGAGGCUGCAGAGGGAACACGAAGAGUAUCUGGCACGAGCAGCUCGAAAAGAGGAAGAGACCCGGCGAGGUAAGAAGCGCAGGUAUGAGGAGGGCUGUGCAGCAACUUUCCAUGCUGGGUCUUCUGCUGGCAGCAAAAAACUGAGCUACAGUGACAUCCCCUGGCCGGCUCCCAAAGGCACCGUGCAGGAGAUGGUGGAUGUAAUGCUGCACGGUGUGGAUCGUAAAAACGUGUCAGUGUUUCACAAAACGCUCCUGAAGCAGCAAGUGCUGUGGCAUCCUGAUAAAUUUGCUCAGAGGUGCGAAGCUCGGUUGGAGGAGAAGGACAAACAACGGAUUCUGGAAACAGUCACAGCUCUGUCACAGGAGCUCAACAGACUGACGCAGAGUCUGAGGACUUAAAAUUCAGCUAUUGUUUAAUUUAUGUUUAUGAUGCUUUUCUGGAAUUCUGCAGCGAAAGGCAAGAGUGUGGUGUGUAAAACUGUAUAAAACCAACUGCAAAAAACAAUUUCCAAUAAUGCAAGAGAACCAAACAGUCCAGCACACUUGACUGAAUUCUUGAACUCACUCCCUUAAACUCAUCUAGUCAAACCACACAGGCCUCCACACAGGCCUAUAUAUGUAAAUGUAAACAUAGAAUAUUCAAAUACUUGCAAAUCAGAGCAUCAGCUGCUCCUCUCAGAGUGCACUCAAAUGAAGUUGAAUGAGCAAUUCUGAAUGCAACAAAUAAUACUGAAGUCUCUGUUAAAACCUUUUAAAGGACAUCUACACAAUCAACAGAUACACUUGAUUAAUGAUGCACAACAAACAACAUGACUGUCACAAAGAGUGAGAAGUAUUUAUUUAGACCAUGACUCAUUGACAGAAGAUACAAUCCGUGUAAGGGUCUUUUAUGUCUGCUACAGCUUAACUCAGAUAAUUUAAAAAAAUGGAAUUUGUCUUUAUUCAGGCGAUAGUUUCAGAUUGGGGAAUUCUCUGUUCAUGCACAAACCUUGGUAACAACUCAAUACAAGCCUAGUCUAAAAGGUGAGCAGUGUAGACUGUAGGGCCUUGCUCUAAGGCACAUACAUGGAGAUGUUUCCUUCCAGCCCCUGAAGUAGACCACUCUUGUGCUCCUGUUUGUUUUCUGUGUGGAACAUGUUUGUUGCUUUUGAGACCCACAUCUGCCAAAGAAACGUACUUUAAUCAAAUGUAUUGUGUAUGAUUAGUUUACUUGUACUAAUCAAUAGUUGGUACCCACAGAGUGGUUUUGUUGCUGGAUUGAAUUGAAGCAUUAACAUCCUCCUUUCAAAGGCCUGAUUUAAAAUAAAUUUCAAAAGGAAAAACGUGA